AUACUACUUUGUAUCUUGGUAUCUGUGCAAGAAUUUAAGAAAAUAAGAUUGGUUAUGGACUUGGACAAUUUUCAGAAACAUUUUUGUGCCACACGAGAAUAAAAACUUGUUGAGUAUGAAGUGAAAGAAUAUUCUAUGGGGAUAAGUUCAACCAACAUAGUAGCAAUAUCAAGCUACAAUGAAUGUCGGAGCAUUUGGUGAGAGGGAGGUGACUCUCAUUGCUGAUGAACUGAGUCGUGCUGUCGAACUUACUCUUAAUCCCACUGUAGCACAUGAUGCAAGAAAACAGGCCUAUACAGCUUGUGAGAGUUUCAAGGAAAAUUCGCCAUGGUGUGCACAGGCAGGUCUCUUGCUUGCCAGUGGAGCUAUGUACUCACCAGUUGUAAAACAUUUUGGCCUACAAUUGAUGGAACAUACUGUCAAGUAUAGAUGGACUCAAAUAACUCAAGCGGAAAAAAUAUUUAUCAAGGAAAAUGCAAUGAAGUUACUUUAUAUGGGUGGAUGGGAAACUGGUCAUUUAAAUGAUGCAUUAGCUCGAGUAAUUGUGGAGAUGAUCAAGCGAGAAUGGCCACAACAAUGGCCAACCUUGCUAGCUGAACUUAGUGAUGCUUGCAGUCGAGGUCACCUUCCUACUCAGAUUGUACUUCAUGUUUUCUUAAGACUGGUAGAGGAUGUAGCUACAUUACAGACUUUAGAACAACACCAGCGUCGUAAGGAUAUUUACCAAGCCCUGACUAGCAACAUGGCAGAAAUAUUUGCAUUCUUUAUGCGUCUCAUUGAGCUGCAUGUUCAAGAAUUUAGAGAGAAAACUUCCGCAGGAGAUUAUGUUGGUGCAUCCAGCAAUGGUAGAGUUGUUCAGGUUGUUUUAUUAACAUUAACCGGUUUUGUUGAGUGGGUGUCAACAAAUCAUAUUGUUACAAACAAUGGGCGACUGCUACAAAUCCUUUGCAUUCUGCUUAGUGAUGAUGUUUUUCAACUAUCGGCUGCAGAGUGUUUACUGCAAGUUGUGAACAGGAAGGGUUCUACUAAAGAACGUAAACCAUUAAUGAUAUUAUUUAGUGAAGACGCAAUCUCAUGCAUUCACCGCGCAGCCCUGCAGAGCAUUGCGGCAGGUGAUGAAUCCCACUACUUGUUCCUAAAGAAGCUCUCACAGGUACUAGCUGGACUUGCUCAACAGCUGACAUCUCUUUGGAACUGCACCACGAGUGUGGAAUCUUGGCUACCAGUGCUCUUAGAGACAAUGUUACUACUGACAUCACACCCAUCCCUUACAUUAGCUCAAACCGCAAACUCCGUGUGGCUGGCUUUCCUUAAACACGAGCAGAUAUCAAAAUUACCACAUGUCCUGGCAAUGGUUCCAAGGUGGUUACAAGCAGCUGCACCUAAAAUUCUCAAGGUGACGUAUCCGUCGUCGCGGGUGAGCGGUCUAACUGACGCGGUUGCCUAUGCUUGCAUGGACUAUGACAGUGAGCAAGAGUUUGCCAUUUUCUUCAGCCGCAGUCGAACUGAAAUGCUUGAAAGUUUUAGAUAUUGUAUGAUAGCAGCGCCGCUAGUCACGUGGGCCUUUGUUGAACAAUGGACACAAACGGCCCUAGACAAGGUGGACUCCUGUCCACUGCAACUAGACGUAACACAUCCUUUACAUGUGGAAUGGGAGGCGUUAGCCCAGGUCCUAGACGUAGUUUUGUCGCGGCUACUGCAGGCGGAGCCGCGGCCCAAUGUAGCGGAGGGCCUGCGGCUGUUGCAGCGCUGCGUGGCCAGCGAGCCUCAGGCGCCGCUCAUACUGUCGCUCCUGCUGUCCUUUAUAUCGGCGCUCUUCGUCUUCCUCAGUUGCGCCUACAGCCAGCUCGCCGGGCCGGGCGUGGGGUCGGCGGGCGCGGAGCUGCUGCCGCGCGUGCUGGACAAGAUCUUCAAGGCGCUCGUGUACGAGGGCACGCCGCCCGAGGGCCGCGCCUCGCGCAACGUGAAGAACGUGCGCCGCCACGCCGCCGGCCUGCUCGUUAAGCUCGGCUCUAAGUUUCCCUUGUUACUCUUGCCCGUGUUUGGACGACUACACGAGUUAUGUCAAACAGCUCUUGCGCGGCCCGACCUCAGUGCCGUCGAGAGUGUUACAUUACAAGAAGCCCUGCUGCUAGUUUCCAAUCAUUUUUGCUGUUACGAACGCCAAAGUGCCCUCGUCGCUCAGGUACUCGGCGACUGCAGAGAGCGGUGGGCGGCUCUAAGUCCCCACCUGCAGUCUGCGGCGGGCCUGGCGCGCCUCGUGGGGUUAGACGCGCCGCCAACCGACGACGACCCGGAGCGAGCGCAAGCACGACGCACGCUGCUGCACGCACUCAUGCUCACCCUGGGCGUCGUGAAACGCACACAAGUACCCGCCGACCCGGACAAGGCGUCGCGGGGCGGGUUCAGCGCGGGCGUCACCGCGUCUGGGAACCCAGUGUGGCGCAAUCCGUGCGGCGCGCACGUGUUGCCGCUCUUCCCCGCGGCGCUGGCCCUGGCGCGCGCGCUGCACGAGCUGCACGCGCCGCAGGCCGCCGCCCUGCGCCACGCGGCGCACGCGCGCGCCCUGCAGCCGCCGCUCGCGGAGCGACGCAACUUGCUGGGCUUGCGGGACGACGCGCCGCCCGCGCCGCUCGCCACCCCGCAGGAUAGAAUGCAGAAUCUGCUGCACACGCUUCAUGAUAAUGUGUGUCAGCUGGUCGGAGCGGCGGCGUCAUCGCUGGGCCGCGAAUUGUUCGGCGCGGCGGGGCUGGCGCGCGCGCUGGCCGCCGCACUGCUGGCGGCGCCCGAGCGCCUGCCCGACCAUUGGCUGCGCCGCGUGCUGCGCGCCGCUCUGCGCCCGCUGCUGCUGCACUGUCCGCCCGCACACUACGCCGACGUUGCGCUGCCGCUGCUGCAACAUCUUGCACCACUCAUGCUAGUUCACCUAAACCAACGCUGGGAAUAUGUCACGUCGCUGUAUGAGUCCGGAAAGCUGGAGGAGGAAGGCGGCAGCGAAUCUCAAGAGGUCCUCGAGGACAUGCUUGUGAGACAUCUGACGAGAGAACAUCUAGAACUACUCAAGGUGUCUCUAGUAGAAGGUGGUAUGAGCGCGGAGCCCUCGACAGACAUGGACGACGAAACCCCUCCGACGAACCCGGGUCGCGCGCCCGAGCAAGUCUCGGAACUCGGUGCCAUCAUACUCGCCGACCCGAUCGCUGGUCCGGCCGUAUUGCACACCAUUCUCCGUGCCCUAACGUGGAAUGACUCCACUUCGUCGCUGCGCGCAUGCGCCCUGGCGCUGCCGGCGCUGCGCGCGGCGCUGGGCGCCCCGGGCGGCGCGGCGCUCGGCAGCAACGAGGCGUCGGGCGCGCUGGCCGCCGUGCUGCACGCGCUGCGCCUGCACGGCCAGCACGACGCCAACCAGGCCGCGCUGCUGGCGCUCGCAGUACAGACGUACGAAGCUCUGCGGCCGCGCUUCCCGGGCGUGAUGGCCGUGCUGCGCGCCAUCCCCGACGUGGACGCGCACGACCUGCAGCGUCUGGACGACAAGCUGACCGCGCAUCCCAACAAGCCCGCCAAGAUAGACAAGAGCAAACGAGACCUCUUUAAGAAGAUCACAUCUCGGUUGAUCGGACGAAACGUAGGACAGCUAUUCAAGAAAGAAGUGUUUAUAUUAGAUUUACCCACUAUGCACACACCGAAAGAAAAACCUCGAAGUGUAAUCGAAGCGGCCGAAGGCGCCAGCCUAGAAAAUCUAUUCAAUCCGAACGCGCCAACUUAGCGAAGAUAUGCUCUAACGUACUACUAGUUUUAAAUUUCUAAUGUAUAAGUGGAACCACGCGAACGUGACUAUGAACGUUUUUUUUAUCUGGGAGAUACAGAUAAUUUAUAAUGAAUGGUUAUGCGUAUUGAAUAAAAAUGUAUUAUUUGUUUUACAUCUAUUUUAUACAAGUAAAUAAUAAAUAUUGUGUUAUAGCUUUUUAACUAUAGCCGAUCACGGUCGCGUGGGAUCCUUGCAUCGAACAAUGCGCUAGCCAUAUCCUACUCGCAAUGUAAAACGUUUUUCUGUGAAUAAUAUUCAUUUAUAUGUUAAUAAAUUAUAUUAUUAAAA